CAUCUGUUGUCCGCCCCUCCAUCUCUGCCGUGCCCCUCUGUGGCCGCCCGAAUCGCGCAGGCACUGUUUGUGCUGAGCCCACCUCCCCAACAGAACAGAUUUUUUGGCGGCCAUUUGCUCCCCAUCCUCUGCCGCAAAGUGGCCCCACUUUAUUUUUUUUCUGUUUUUUGGGGUCGCUGGCUCUGCUGCUGGGGCAUCCCCUGCCAGUAGCCUGCACCAGUGACGCCGCAUCUCGCAGUCGGGGGCAAGCUACCUUCUACCGCUAUGGUCCACGUCCCCUUCUUGUCCUCUCCCACCUUUUGCCUGCUCCGCUUCCAUCCUUGAAGACUAUCCGACGUUGGGAGACUAGCUCUGUGCAUUUCUCUUCUCUUCUCUUCCUUUUGCAAACUCUCCUCCUUCAUACUCUCCAUUCCUCAUUCCCCUCUUACCCCAACUUCAAGCUCGUCCAGAGUGCUGUGCUUAGCUGCUUAGCCUCUUCCUCCUCCAGACGAGCCCGCGACGCAAUAUCUUCCAUUUCCAACCCCCCUCUGCGACCAAUUCGUUCCUCGACGACUUCCUGUAGAGCUUAAAGCGGGCGGAGGAGCUUGCUUAUUCUUCUUUGACACCUAUUUGUCCUACUCUGUUGUAAUUGUCUUUUUCGACACCUUUCGUGACUCGCCACCAUGUACGGUACCGGAACUGGCCCCCAGACGGGCAUCAACACUCCCAGAUCCAACUCUUCUCUCCGACCCCUCACCCUCACUCACGGCUCCUUGGAGACGUCCUUCCUAGUCCCAACCAGCAUCCACUUCCAUGCUUCACAGCUCAAGGAUCGCUUCACAGCCAGCCUCCCCGAGGCCACCGAUGAAUUGGCACAGGAUGAUGAGCCAUCAUCCAUUGUUGAGCUUGUCGCUCGCUACUUAGGCUUUGUUGCUGAAGAAGUCGAGGGUGGUGAGGAUGAUGCCUCUGGCUCCUACGAGGAAGUGUUGAAGCUCGUCCUUAACGAAUUCGAGCGCGCCUACCUCCAGGGCAACGAAGUUCACGCUCUUGCGGCUACCCUGCCUGGAAUUGAGUCCAAGAAGCUUGAAGUCAUCAAGAGCUACUACAUCGCUCGCAGUGUCUCUAACAGAACCAUUAAGCCCCACGAGUCGGCUCUACUUCGUGCUGCCGAUGACAGAUCUGCUGAGAUCUACACCAUCUUCGGUGGCCAGGGCAACAUCGAGGAAUACUUCGAAGAGCUUCGCGAGCUCUACCAGACUUACCCUAGCUUCACUGCGCAGCUUAUUACUUCUGCCGCAGAGCUGCUCCAGACUCUUUCUGUGCACCCUAGCGCAGAAAAGAUGUUCCCCAAGGGAUUGGACAUCAUGAACUGGCUGCAACAUCCCGAGGCCACUCCUGAUGUCAACUACCUUAUUUCGGCUCCUGUCAGCUUUCCCCUCAUUGGACUCGUCCAAAUGGCCCACUACGAAGUUACUUGCCGCGUUCUUGGUAUUGAUCCUGGCCACUUCCGCGAGAGACUGAGUGGUACAUCCGGUCAUUCUCAGGGUAUUGUUAUGGCUGCUGCUACUGCGGCCGCCGACUCCUGGGAGUCGUGGAGAGAAAUCACCUUCGCCACUCUCACAAUUCUCUUCUGGAUCGGUACCAGAAGCCAGCAAGCUUUCCCUGUCACCUCCUUGACGCCCACCAUGCUUCGCGAGUCUAUGGAGAAUGGUGAGGGUAGCCCUACUCCCAUGCUGAGCAUUCGCGAUCUGUCACAGCAAGAGGUUCAGAAGCACAUUGACGCUACCAACCAGUACCUCCCCACCAACCGACACAUCAGCAUCUCUCUCAUCAACAGCCCUCGCAAUCUUGUCGUUACCGGUCCUCCUUCCUCCCUUUACGGUCUCAACACUCAGCUGCGCAAGCUCAAGGCCCCUACUGGCCUCGACCAGACCCGAGUACCAUACACAGAGCGCAAGGUCCGCUUCUCUAACCGCUUCUUGCCCAUUACUGCGCCAUUCCACAGCCAGUACCUUACUGAGGCUACCAACAUGAUUGAUGAGGAUUUGAAGCACAUCUCCAUUGAUUCCAAGGCUCUCGGUAUCCCCGUUUUUGACACUAACACCGGUAAGGACCUCCGCGCCGAGGUGACCGGAAACGUCGUUCCUGCUCUUGUCCGAUUGAUCACUCGCGACCCCGUCAACUGGGAAACCGCCACCGUUUUCCCCAACGCCACCCAUAUUCUCGACUUUGGUCCUGGCGGUGUUUCCGGUCUUGGUACGUUGACAAGCCGUAACAAGGAGGGAACUGGCGUCCGCGUCAUUCUCGCUGGCUCCGUCGAGGGCACCGCUAGCGACGUUGGUUACAAGCCUGAGCUUUUCGACCGAGACGAGGAUAAGGCAGUUCGAUAUGCCAUUGAUUGGGUUAAGGAGUUUGGACCCCGAGUUGUGCAGACUUCCAGUGGCAAGAAGUUCGUGGAUACCAAGAUGAGCAGAUUGUUGGGUCUUCCUCCUGUGAUGGUUGCCGGUAUGACACCCUGCACAGUUCCUUGGGACUUCGUCUCCGCUACUAUGAAUGCUGGUUACCAUAUUGAAUUGGCUGGUGGCGGUUACUUUAUGCCUUCUAUGAUGACCGAUGCCCUCCGCAAGAUCGAAAACGAUAUUCCUGCUGGCCGUGGUAUUACAGUCAACCUUAUCUACGUCAACCCCAUGGCGAUGGCCUGGCAGAUCCCUCUUAUUGGCAAGCUUAGAGCCGAGGGUAUCCCCAUUGAAGGCUUGACCAUUGGUGCUGGUGUUCCUUCCAUUGAAGUCGCUCAGGAGUACAUCGAGACUUUGGGACUUAAGCACAUCGCCUUCAAGCCUGGUUCCGUCGAGGCUAUCCAGGCUGUUAUCAACAUUGCCAAGGCUAACCCUACCUUCCCUGUUCUUCUGCAGUGGACUGGUGGCCGUGGUGGUGGUCACCACUCAUUCGAAGAUUUCCAUCAGCCUGUCUUGCAGCUGUACGGCCGCAUCCGCCGACAGGAAAACAUUGUCCUCGUCGCCGGUAGUGGUUUCGGAAGUGCUGAAGACACAUACCCCUACAUCACUGGUGACUGGUCCAAGAAGUACGGUUACCCUCCCAUGCCUUUCGAUGGCUGCCUGUUUGGUAGUCGUAUGAUGGUGGCCAAGGAGGCUCACACCAGCAAGGCCGCCAAGGAGGCCAUCAUCGAAGCUCCCGGUCUUGACGACGGCGAAUGGGAGCAAACAUACAAGGGUCCCGCUGGUGGUGUUAUCACAGUUCGCUCCGAAAUGGGUGAGCCCAUCCACAAGCUGGCCACCCGUGGUGUCCGCUUCUGGGCUGAGAUGGACCAGAAGAUUUUUAGCCUGCCCAAGGAGAAGAGAAUCGCCGAGCUUGAGAAGCACCGUGACUACAUUAUUAAGAAGCUUAACGCUGAUUUCCACAAGGUGUGGUUCGGCUGCAACAAGGCCGGUCAAGCCGUCGAUCUUGAGGAUAUGACCUACGCCGAAGUUGUCCGCCGCAUGGUCGACCUCAUGUACGUCAAGCACCAGGCUCGAUGGAUUGAUCCCUCUUUCAUCAGACUCACUGGCGACUUCAUCCACCGUGUUGAGGAGCGCUUCACAGUUGGCUCUGGCAAGGAUUCCCUCCUUCAGGCCUACUCUGACCUCAACGAGCCUUACAGAGCCAUUGAUCGCAUCCUUGCCCAUUACCCUGAGGCUGAUGAGCAGCUGAUUAACGCUCAGGAUGUCCAGUACUUCCUUCUUCUCUGCAUGAGACCUGCUCAGAAGCCAGUUACCUUCAUUCCUGCUCUGGAUGCCAACUUCGAGUUCUACUUCAAGAAGGACUCCCUGUGGCAGUCUGAGGAUCUCGAUGCCAUUAUUGAUCAGGAUGUCGGUCGUACCUGUGUUCUCCAGGGUCCUACCGCUGCCAAGUUCUCUACUGUCAUCGAUGAGCCUAUCAAGAGCAUCCUUGACGGCAUCCAUGAUUCGCACAUUGAUAUGCUUACCAAGGACUACUAUGCUGGUGAUGCUAGCAAGAUUCCCACUGUGGAGUACUUUGGUGGCAGACUGGCUGAGUCGGAGAUGCCAGGCGAUGUCGAAGGCCUCACUGUUAGCUACGACACCCACAAGAACACUUACCGUGUUGCUACAUCUCCAAGCACACCUCUGCCUUCUCUGGAUGCUUGGAUUUCGCUUCUUGCUGGUCCUAAGCGAAGCUGGCGCUACGCAUUGCUUCACUCGGAAGUCAUUGUUCAAGGCCAGAAGUUCCAAACCAACCCACUCCGACGCAUCUUUGCUCCUGCGCGUGGUCUCUUUGUUGAGGUUCUAUAUCCCAAUGACCCUUCUAAGACUGAGAUCAUUGUCAAGGAGCAGCCCCGUCACAACCAGUACGUUACUGUGAUUGAGGCUAAGCUCGUCGGCAACAAUGAGAUCGUCGUCAACAUGGUCAAGGAUACUACCGCCCUUGGCAGCCCCGUCAGCCUCCCUCUGCGCUUCACUUACCACCCUGAAGCCGGUUACGCUCCUAUCCGCGAAGUUAUGUCUGAUAGAAAUGACCGCAUCAAGGAGUUCUACUGGAAGGCCUGGUUCGGCGACGAGCCUCUUAACCUCGAUGCUCUUGUCACCAGCACCUUCGAUGGUGGCAAGACUACCAUCACCAGCGAGGCCAUCAACGACUUUGUGCACGCUGUUGGCAACACUGGUGAAGCCUUUGUCGAUCGCCCUGGCAAGACUGUCUUCGCUCCCAUGGACUUUGCCAUUGUUGUUGGCUGGAAGGCCAUCACUAAGCCCAUCUUUCCCCGCACUAUCGACGGUGAUCUGUUGAAGUUGGUCCACCUUUCCAACGCUUUCCGCAUGAUUCCUGGCGCGGAGCCUCUGAAGAAGGGUGAUGAGAUCUCCACCACUGCCCAGGUCAACGCUGUCAUCAACCAGGAGAGCGGCAAGAUGGUCGAAGUCUGUGGAACUAUUGUCCGUGAUGGUGCUCCUGUCAUGGAAGUUACUUCUCAGUUCCUCUACCGCGGUACUUACACCGACUUCGAGAACACCUUCCAGCGUAAGGUCGAGACUCCUAUGCAGGUUCACCUUGCAACCACCAAGGAUGUUGCCGUGCUGCGCUCCAAGCAGUGGAUCUCGUUUGACGAGCUCCCUGCUGACAUUGAACUCCUUGGUCAGACUUUGACCUUCCGUCUGCAAAGUCUUGUCCGCUACAAGAACAAGAGCGUCUUCAGUAACGUCGAGACCAGAGGUCAGGUUCUGCUUGAACUUCCCACCAAGGAGGUUAUCCAAGUUGCUAGUGUCGACUAUGAGUCUGGUCAGGCUCACGGUAACCCCGUUCUUGACUACCUCGAGCGCAACGGCUCGCCCAUUGAUCAGCCCAUCAACUUUGAGAACCCUAUCCCUCUCAGUGGACGCACACCACUCGAGCUCCGUGCACCUGCCUCUAACGAGACCUACGCUAGAGUGUCUGGUGAUUACAACCCCAUCCACGUCUCGCGUGUCUUCUCUGCGUACGCUAGCCUGCCUGGCACCAUCACCCACGGCAUGUACUCGAGCGCUGCCGUCAGAAGCCUUGUUGAGACCUGGGCCGCUGAGAACAAUAUUGGUCGUGUCCGCAGCUUCCACGCUUCUCUUGUGGGCAUGGUCCUUCCUAACGAUGAGCUCGACGUUAAGCUUGAGCAUGUUGGUAUGGUCUCUGGUCGCAAGAUCAUCAAGGUCAUUGCCAGCAACAAGAACAGCGAGGAGAAGGUUCUUCUCGGUGAGGCUGAAGUAGAGCAGCCUGUAACUGCCUACGUCUUUACUGGCCAAGGCUCCCAGGAGCAAGGCAUGGGUAUGGAGCUGUACGCCAGCAGCCCUGUUGCUAAGGAUGUCUGGGAUCGUGCCGACAAGUACCUCCUUGACAACUACGGUUUCUCCAUUACCAACAUUGUCAAGAACAACCCCAAGGAGCUCACCGUGCAUUUCGGAGGACCCCGCGGCAAGGCUAUCCGCCAAAACUACAUGUCCAUGACCUUCGAGACGGUGGCUGCCGAUGGAUCUAUCAAGUCUGAGCGCAUCUUCAAGGAAAUUGACGAGAAGACGACGUCUUACACUUACCGCUCUCCUACCGGUCUGCUCUCUGCUACGCAGUUUACUCAGCCUGCUCUGACCCUGAUGGAGAAGGCCUCGUUUGAGGACAUGAAGUCCAAGGGCCUGGUUCCCCGCGACAGCACCUUUGCCGGUCACUCGCUCGGUGAAUACUCCGCUCUCGCUGCCUUGGCUGAUGUUAUGCCCAUUGAGAGUUUGGUUUCGGUUGUUUUCUACCGUGGUCUGACCAUGCAGGUUGCCGUCGAGCGUGAUGCUGCUGGCCGAUCCAACUACUCGAUGUGCGCCGUCAACCCCAGCCGUAUCUCCAAGACCUUCAACGAGGAGGCUCUGCAGUUUGUUGUGAACAACAUUGCUGAGGAGACUGGCUGGUUGGUUGAGAUUGUCAACUACAACAUUGCCAACAUGCAGUACGUCUGCGCCGGUGACCUCCGUGCGCUAGACACGCUUGCUGGCGUUACCAACUUCCUCAAGAUGCAACAGAUUGAUAUUGAGGAGAUGCGUAGCAACAUUGAGGAAGCCAAGGGCGCCCUCCGCGAGAUCAUCCGCGGCUGUGCCGAGGCAACUCUGAAGAAGCCUCUGCCUCUUGAGCUUGAGCGUGGCUUCGCUACUAUUCCCCUGCGCGGAAUUGACGUGCCCUUCCACUCGACCUUCUUGCGCUCUGGUGUCAAGCCUUUCCGAUCCUUCCUUCUUAAGAAGAUCAACAAGACGACGAUCGACCCGUCGAAGCUUGUUGGCAAGUACAUUCCCAACGUGACGGCUAAGCCGUUUGCGCUUACCAAGGAGUACUUUGAGGACGUCUACAAGCUGACCAACUCGCCCAAGAUUGGCGCCAUCUUGGCUAACUGGGACAAGUACUCGCAAGAGGCCGGUGUCGAUGCCAAGGAGGGCAGCGACAGCGGAGCCAGCGCCGAGUAUGACGGACCUGGUGCCGCCGCUUAAAGCCGUUGAUGGGGUUUGGACGGUGGGGAAUGGCUAUCUCCUUCGUUGAACAACAACUCGGCAUGUGGUGCAGACAGGAAACGAUGUAAACGUAACGCAAGCCGUCAUGAAAAGUGAGGUGGUGGACACAAAGUUGGGUAUUUUUGUGACGACAACAAAACGCCAACAGGAUAAAAAAGAGAAAGACUACAUGACGAUGGCUUUUUGUGUCUUUCGGAUUUUGUCUUUUUUUUCCUUGUCCACUGUUAUUUUAGAGAGUUUGUGAAUUUGUUGAUUUGUUUUUUCACUUUACUAUAGAUUAUACUAUUUUCAUAUUAAUAUGCUAUAUUUUCGAAAUCCAGGUUCCUUUGUCUCUGCUGAGUCUGUGACUGUGACUGUGUAAACCUGUGAUGCC